CGGAAGCGAAGGCAUAACUUCCGCUCAUCUCUAAUAUUUGGAUUUUUCUUUUCCCUCUCGUGCUUUUGUGAUCUUCUUUGUAAUACUGUAGUUUGAAUUUAAACAUAGUUACUUAUAUUUGUUGUGUUUGAGAUACUUUUAUUUACAUUUCUAGUCUUUGUAGAAAGCGGUUAGUUUAGUGCUAACAGUAAGUUAGCUAGCUAGCUAGCUGUUAACGUUGAGGAAGAAAUAAGAAAACUCACGGUGAGCAAAGUGGUUUUUAUUGGACUUUUUAGGGAUAAAAGUUACGACCACAAUGUCUCUGAGUGCUGUCAACGGCGCACUGUCCAACUUAAAAGCGUGUCUGGCGGACAUUGCGACGGGAAUGGACAUCGUGACGGACGUUGCCAUAGAUCUGGUGGAAACUCAGGAUGAAGAGAUGGACUCCUCCAUCAAAGAGUUGGAGGCCAUGAUCCUGGACUGUGCUAAGCUCGACAGGGAGAUUAACUGCUUUAUGGACAUUGCAAAAGAAGUUACAUCCGAGGUGAAUGCACAGCAACCAGAGGCCUUGUUUAGCCUUUCUGACAAAGUGAAGGAGCAGUUCUCUGAGAGAAUAGCCCGACUUUCUGAAGACGAAAUCCACAGACAUCAAAAAGUGGUUGCCUUCAUGGAGAGCAUCAAUAACUCCUCAAAACAAACCAAUCAGAAAUCAUCGGAGAACACGGAGGAGGUUGACGAGGACAUCGCCGUCACGCAGAGCCAAGUUAAUUUCACCUGCCCGCUCACACAGGUGGAAAUGUUAAAACCAGUCAAAAAUAAAAAGUGCAACCACUACUAUGAUGAAUCUGCCAUCCUGGACCUGAUCAAAACAAAACGCAACCUGAAGAAGAAGUGCCGAUGUCCUGUGGUGGGCUGUGCAAACACAGAUGUGAAAGAGUCAGACCUCAUUCUUGACCAGCUACUGAGAAGAAGAAUUCAGAACCAAAAGAAGAAAGGCGGCAAAAAUUAGAACUUUGGAAAUUUUGCUUUAUAGAUAACACAUCUAUGUGUGUUUUAUCCUUCUUUAGCAAAUGUUCUAUUUUUAUGUAAAUAUUUGUUACUUUAAUCUAAAUUUUUGAUAUAGCCCAAAGUUUUACAUUUUUUUUUAUAAAUAAAAGUUCUUGAUUAUC